AUGUUGUCCAAUUUAUUAGAAUAUUUGUUGUUUCUAUCUUUGUUUCCACACAAGACUGUGUCUCUCUGUCUCUAUCUCUCUGAGUGUUUCUCGUUGAAGGAACAGCUAAGAACCCACAUUCCUUUUGAUUUUUUGCUUCUUGGAUCUCCAUUUUUGGGGAGGUUGUGUUUCUGGGAAGCUCUCAAGAUCUAUGCUUUCUUUUGAUUUUGGAUUGAAUUGAAUUGUAUGAUACUAAAGUUUUGUGCUUUCUCCAUCUACUUGCUCUGGUUGCUGAAUCAGACCUCACUUUAAUGUUCAUGAGAAUACCAGAAAUUUUGACUUGACCAGUCAACAGCAAGGGCAAAGGACAAGGAUUCUUGAGGGGUGGUUUAUUUAUUGUAUAUAAUACACAUAAGCAUUUCGAAGGUAUAGCAAGGCUCCAGACAUGGGGUGCCUGGUGUCGACUCCAAAGGACUCCGGUGGAAACAGAAGGAAACCAGGGAGUAUUGGAGAAGUUUCGGUCUAUGUCCCCGGUCUACGAAUUCCUAAACCUGUUGAUUUUGCUCAGUCACUUGGAGAUCACUUGUCAAAGAAAAUAGUAGAGCGCCUUUCGGCUCUUAGAACACGUAUAGUUGUAAUGGCUGGCCAAGAAGGCCCUACAAUUACAAGAACAAAAAGAAAAAGUGCUACUCAACAUGGUGGGUCGACACUGCUUGAUCUUCUGCAGGCUCUAGAAGAUUAUUUGCCGGUUCUUUUGGGGUUAGUCAACGAUGGAAGCCAUUUACAAUAUAAAGUACAAUUUGUUUGGGUGAAUCAAGAGGAUGAUGCUGAGGAAACAGCCAUGUCUAAUGGUUGGUAUGAAGUGUUGUCAGUUUUACAUUUGAUGGCAAUGCUAUUACUAUCACAGGCUAAUUUUUUACUGCUUCCAAGAUCAUCCACUGAUGGUUAUCAGCUUAAGGUAUCUGAAGAAAGCAGACGAGCUUCUGUCGAUAUCUUCUUAAAGGCUGCUGGAUAUCUGGAUUGUGCUGUCAAACAUGUUCUUCCCCAGUUGCCGGCCGAACUCAGGAGGAAUUUACCAGUAGACUUAGCAGAAGGAACGCUUCGAGCACUCUCUCUACAGGCAUUAGGCCAGGGAGUGGAUAUCCAACUUGGAAUGGCAAUUGAUAGUACCAAGGCCACUCUAGCUGUGAAGCGUAGACUUGCAUGCGAAAUGGUGAAAUGUUGGCAGCAGGCUCAAGAUAACAUUAUGAACCUUCCAUUGGCAAAUGAUUGGGGCGAAAAGCAUAUUCUCUUUGUGAAAUGGAAAUAUGUAGAAGCAAAGGCUGCAGCAUAUUAUUAUCACGGUUUGAUUCUUGAUGAGGGAAAUACAGAGAAAUCUCAUGGGAUGGCGGUAGCUGCUUUGCAAGCUGCAGAUGAAUAUUUUAAGGAAAGUAAGAAGCUGAAUGAGGCAUUCAACGCAGCACCUCCAUUGUCAAGAAAUCCACCACUUUGGGGGACCAUGAAAUAUCUGUCUGAGAAAAUUCCUAAGGAUACUUCGAGCAAGGUGCGAAUCAACCGUGAUCUGUACUCUCAUGAAAGGAUCAUGGAGACAGCACCAACAUUGCCGGAUUUCGCAUUGGCCUUGAAACCAGAUGAAUAUCAACUUCCUGCACUUGACCCCUCUUGGAAAACUGAGAACAUAAAAAUUGGAACAAACUGAUGCCAACCAUUUUAAGGGUGUCAUAAACAUCAAAACAAAACCUUGAAAGAAGCCAAUCAAGUUCAAGCUCAGAAACUGAAAAGGGUGUUGUUUUCUUCAGUUCUUGUUAAUACAAAAAGAAAAUGGUUUUUAAUUGAACCUUGUUUUGGUUUACCCUUUUGGGCCUUUUUUUAUCUCCCUUUAUAAAUUGAUUUCCUCCAUCUACACCAUCAGAAGAGAUACCAUGCAAGUAGAGCUUCCAAUGGAGUUCAAUGUAAAAUUGCCCCACUGCUUGUGAAGAAAGAAUAGCUUCCCAAUACCAAAAUAAUAAGAUUGCUAUUUCCAUUUCAUAGUAAA